UUGCAGAAACCCUGGAGCACAGAGGGGAGAUGCACGGGUUUAUUAAACAUGUGAAGUAAUGUAAACUAAUUUGGGUGAUUUUCCUACUAAAGCCCACUUGAGUAGGUUUGAUAUUUUUUUCUUCACCCAAGUUUCCAUUUUGGAGAAGAGAGAGGUGUCCUGAAUCAUAAUGGCACAGGUUUGCAUGGAGCGGCUCUCCAUGCAGCAGCGCACGGCGCUCUGGGCUGUUCUGCUCUGCACACAGACCGCUUUGGGCUUCUCGCUCACAGGACAACAGACAACCUGCGAGGCCAACGGGAGCAUUUACUACGUGGGAGAGUGGUAUUUCCUGGACUCCGAUCACUGCACCCAGUGCGAGUGCACCAGUGAGGGCUCCCUGUGCGCCCGCACCGAAUGCACGUCCCUCCCGCCUGCCUGCAUCCAUGUGAGCCACUACCCCACCGACUGCUGCCCCAGGUGCGAGAAGAUCGGCUGUGAGUACCGGGGGGUGGUGUACGAGCUCGGAGAAAAUUUUCAGCCAUCUGAAUGUGAGCAGUGCACCUGUGACAGUGAUGGCAUCGCCCGCUGUCUCGUGGCAGACUGUGCCCCUCCACCCUGUGUCAAUCCUGUGUACCAGCCUGGGAAAUGCUGCCCGGAAUGCAAGGAUGGCCCCAACUGUUAUACUAAUGCAUCCCAAAGCCAAGUGAUACCUGCAGGAGAGCCUGUGUGGGUGGACUCCUGCACCAAGUGUCGCUGUCAUGACGGCCAGGACGCCGGCUACUGGGAGGGAAAUCGCCUUGCUACUUGCUCCCGCAUCAAAAACUGCACACCUCAGCAGCCGCCCACCCCAAUUCAGUGAUUCUGCACGCAACCACCAUAUAUUUUAAAAUAUGUGAUCUGCACAGUUUAUCCUUAGGUAUUUUAUUACUGAAGAUGUUAGACAUCCACCCAAGGAAGGAGAAUCUGCAAAUGAGAUAGAGGUAACUCACAAACACGUGAAUGUAACAAAAGAAAAAAAGUCAAUAAAAUUUGGAACCAUGUAAGAAAUGAUGCGACUUCAUCUCACAACUCUGUUCACUAACGUAGCAACUUUAUCUCAAAACACAGGGGUUAAAAAUUGGACAGAAAUUGUACUUUGUACUCCUACUUUUUAAAUCUAGCUCCUUUUAUUUUAUAUUUUUGCAAUUUAAAAAUGUUGCUUAGAUGUUGAGAAUGUUUUUAAGGAGAAACAGGAAAAAGAGUGAGAGCUUUAGGAUCUCUUAGUCCUGAAAUAUCCAGAAAAUUAUACAUAGAUUUAGGUGUUAGCAUAAAUAACUGAUAAAUAAGAUAACCAGUGACAGACUUGUCACAAGCUGAUGCAGUUUUACCCUUCAUGCAUAGCUGUGAUGAACAGUAAAUAGGACAUAAUUAACAAGAGUAUAAUAUUAGAUAAGAUUUGUUGGCAUGUUAUUUAAAUGCUGUUUUUAAAUGUAUGCUGCUUGGGCACGCACAUGGUCUAGGAGGUAGUAUUGAUUCUUCAGUGCUAAGAUACAGCAAAUAUAUGGUUUUCAGUGACUCUUCAGAAUCAAAGUCUAGUUUAUUUUAACAUAAAGAUGUUGUAUAGUUUUAAAUUUUGCAAGACUUACUCCAGGAACUUGUUACUUUAAUUAUAAUGUAUACGGUAUUUGAAAGAAAACCAAACAUGCUCUUAGCUUUUUAGCUAGGUUGACCUAAUAAAAAAAAAGUAAAAUCUGAAACCUACUCCAUUAUUGUGAAAAAAUAGUGAAUAACACUCAACUAAGUAAAUGUUUUUUAACUGUAUUGUCAAGAAUGUAAUUGGAACAAACAAUGAUGGAAAUUUAUAUGAACCCUGUUUCUAGUACUGGGAUCAGUAGUCUGAUGGGCAAACUGUUUCCUGAUGCAACUUUUUUCUCACAUUACACCUCAGUACAUUGGUUUUACACUGUAAGUCAAAAUAAACUAUUAGGUUUUUUUUUUUUUUUUCCAUUUUAGAGUUUUUUCUUUAGUUUCUAUUUAAUUUUAUUACUUUUUUUGUGAAAACCUUUCAUUAAGAAGCCUACUCUUGAAAGACACUUUUGUUACUGUCCUAAAUGCUUUUCGUGUUUUGUGUUAUGACCACAAACAGUGUAUUUUACUAGGAUUUCUUUAAAGAUGAAUAAAUAAAAGAUGUGCAAUGGAAAGUACAUAAAAAAUACAAAGACAUCAUGGAUUUAUAUGCAGCCCUACUGAGUCAAAACUUUGUUGAACCAACUUUACACAUCUAGAGAAUUAAAUUAAGAACUGAAGUCUAGUCUGAUCAGUUACAGAAUGACUAUACAUCAACAUAAGAAAGCAAACUAAAUUAUUAUAAAAAAAUAAAAAUCCUCCUGUUCACUUUGGCCCAGAUGUGAAAACUAGCAUUAUUUUAAAAGAUUAGGAAACACACCAACAUACAAUCUUUACCAUCAGAUUUAUUAAUUGUAUAGAAAAAGUAGGUUUGAUAUGACAUAAUGCAUUCUAUAUAAGAUAUAACAUUUUCAACAUUCAAUGUACAAAAAAAGUCAUAGGUACAGUAAAGUUUUAGAAACGCCUCCAGGCCUGAAGAUCUUGUUGGCUGUCAGCAGUUGAAGAGCAAAGAGUGCAUCUGAAGAUGGAUUCAAACACUAACCACCAGAAGUGUGAUACAGCUGUUUGAUUCUCAAGCAGAGGCCACAAAUACAGUUUUUGCUAAAUACGUUGGUUACUGAUCUUGGUGAAGCAAGGUACAGUUUAUACACACUGGGGCCUUCUUACCAGCUACAGUUGAAACCAGAAGUUCACAUACACAAAAUAAAAGGAAAUUUUUUUUUUCUCACUAUCUGAAGUUAAUUCAGACCAAACUCCUCUUGUUUUAGUUCAAUUAGAAUUACUAAUUACAACUCAUUUGUGCCCUAGCUUUAACUUCCUGGCUGUUGUCUUGAAAUGUUUGUGAAUAUUUUCACGUUUGUUUCCCAUGAUGGCAUUGAUUUUAUGAAGUGCGGCAGUUCCUCCUGCACCAAAACAGCCCCACAGCAUCAUGCUGCCACCCCCAUACUUCACAGGUAGGAUGGUGGCACGUAAACCAGAGAAGGUUUACAGGCCUCCCCCUCUUUCCUCCAGAUUUAAAGAUUAUCAUUAUGGUCAAACAGUUUAGUUCUAUGACAUUUUUCCAUAAAAUGAGGGUCCCUGUCGGCAUUUGUAAAAUCAAUCUGUUAUUUUUUAUGUUUCUCUUGGAAUAAAGCUUGUAAUCGUAUUGUC